UAGAACUGAAGGCCCUUUUUAAGCCGACACUAAGUUUUAAGACUUCUUGAUCACCUUUCAAACUCCAAAUAUAGCGUUCAAAUCCGAUUUCAGGCAACACCGCUCUGUCAUCUCAUCAAAGAUUUAUACCCUGUUAUAUUAUUUUAUAUAGAAAAAGAUGGAUUUUGAGCUGAGAAGAGCAAGAGAAAAGCUUGAGAAAGAACAAAAGGAGAGGAAAGAAAAAGCAAGAUUGAGACUUGAAAGAGAACGAAAGGCUAAAGAUGAGGCUAAGAAACAACGUGAUGCAAUUGAAGCGGUUCAGAGAUCUCGAAGACUUGAUGCCAUUCAUGCCCAACUCAAGGCUGAAGAAGACUUGCAAGAAACUUUGCUUGCUGGAGGUGGAAUUUCAUUUUAUCGUAUUUUAGAAGCUGUCCCUUACCCGGGUAGUGGUGAUAAGAUCAAAUUACCACCUUCAUGUUUCACUGAAUUGUCUGAUCAAGGUGCUUUCGAUAAGGGUCCUCUGCAUUUCAUAUUAUCAGUAGUUCAUCAAGAGGAUCCAUCAAAUACGAAGGAUAAUGAAAAUCAGAGGAGCACCCAUUCUGGUGUUUUGGAGUUCACUGCAGAUGAAGGUUUUGUUGGGCUUCCUUCUCAUGUAUGGAGCAACUUAUUCCCCACCAUUUCUCCGAAGGCUUCAUUAGUUGAAGUUCGUUAUGUUCGACUACCAAAAGGAACUUAUGCCAAACUUCAGCCCGAUGGGCUUGGGUUUUCAGAAUUACCCAACCAAAAGGCUGUCCUUGAGACAAGCCUUCGCCAACAUGCCACUCUUUCUCAGGGUGACAUCCUCACUGUCAAUUAUGGAGCACUGGAAUAUAAGUUAUGUGUUCUCGAGUUGAAGCCCUCUUCGAGCAUAUCUGUUCUAGAAACUGAUAUUGAGGUAGAUAUAGUAAAUCCUGAUGUGAAAUCAGAGGGGGGAAAUCAAUAUAUACUGAAGCCACUUGUAUUUGGAAAGUCAGAAUCUGGAGUGGUUGAUGAAGGAAACUAUGUGUAUUAUAAGUUCUCAAUUGGUGAAGAUAUCUGGGAAAAAAUAGUUUCUGGAGAGAAAAAGGUUCAAGUAAGAAUUGACACAGAGAAAGAUGGAGGAGACAUUAAUCUUUAUGUAUCUAAGCAUCCUCUUAUAUACCCAAACCUUCACCAGCAUGAAUGGUCUUCUCAUGAUGUGAGUUCUAAAGUUCUGAUUCUGAGCUCCAAGGAUAAGAAUUUGGGGGUUGGGACCUACAGCAUUGGUGUGUAUGGCUUCAAGGACACAACAGAGUUCCAGGUAUUGGUAUCAAUUGAGGAUAAUAGUGGCCGUAAAGUGGGUCAACAAGAAACAUCGUCUUCAUCAUCUAUGGAGAUGGAUACUGUGAAGUGUAGGAAUUGCAACCAUUUUAUACCCACCCAGAGUAUUGUGUUGCAUGAGGCCUAUUGUAGUAGACAUAGUGUGGUCUGUCAGCAUGCUGGUUGUGGGGUUGUACUGAGAAUUGAGGAGGCCAAAACCCAUGUUCAUUGUGAAAAAUGUGGGGAUGGUCUUCAUCAAGGAGAAGUGGAGAAGCACAUGAAAGUGUUUCAUGAGCCGCAUACUUGCCCCUGUGGAGAAGUCCUUGAGAAUGCUGCAAUGGUACAACACCAAGCCUCGAGUUGCCCCCUACGCUUAAUUACUUGCAGGUUUUGUGGGGAUAUGGUCCAAGCUGGAAGCUUGCCUUUGGAUGCCCGGGACAGACUAAGAGGACUAUCUGAGCAUGAGAGCAUAUGUGGAUCAAGGACAGCUCCAUGUGAUUCUUGUGGGCGUGCUGUUAUGUUGAAGGACAUGGACAUCCACCAAAUUGCUGUUCAUUCAAAAAGCUAAUCCUGUGUACUCAAUUCCCAAGUUUCCUUUUAUAUACCUGCCCGGCAUGUGUGCUUGGUUGUACAGCUUAUACGAAGAAAAAACAUUAUAUCAAGUGCAGUGCCAGAUUCACUUAGUAUUUUGGCAAUAACUGUAUCUCCUCGGGCAUGUUCAAUGCAGAGUAGAACUGAGAUGUGUGAGUUAUAAUGUUGCAUUUGAUGUCUUCUUUUUUUUUUUUCACUCAAUGCUAUGGUUCAAGUGUGUCACACUGCUGUCAA